AUGUCCCUUCUGGACUACUGGGACACAUCGCGCCCUCCCGUGAAGCGCAGGAAGACUACCCCUAAAGAGGGUCAAGAGAGUCCCACAACAGUCACACUUCGGAAGGAGGGAUCCAGCAUCAAGGAAAAUGAACUCGAUAGCUCUGAUAGUCCAUUAGAUACAUGGGAUUCCCUACCCUCGGCUCAAGUUGGCGAUAUCGCGGUCGAGGACGAGAACCCGGUCCCAAACUGUCAGACAGAACUAGAGUCUUCGCUACCAGAUAUUCCUACAGAUAAACAAGCUAUCGAAGAGUAUGAGAUUUCGCAUGCGGUAGAACAGGAUGAUGAGCCUGAUCUGCGCCAGAGGCUUCAAGACGGCAAAUGGCGGAAGGGAAAGAGCUCAAUCUAUGUGGAUGCGUUCAAUCUGGCACUGGAAACUGUGCUGGACGAAGAAGCCCAUCUUUUCAAUGAGGCGGAAUUAGAGGUUUUUAAACAAUGGAAGGAGCUAUCGUAUGAGUCCCAAUACUUAUAUGUGCGGCUCUUCCUUCGCAAGACCUCGGCUUGGCAUCGCAUCAAUCGCUUGGGUUGUUACUCCGACAUUAGUGAUAUGUCCCAGGCGGUUGCUGAUCUGCGGUCUAGCCGUAAGCUGCCUGGCCCUCUAGUAUCUUCAGAUGAUAACUCUGAAGACACGAGUUCCGGCAGUGGUGCGGGCCUCACUCAUUUCAGGUUCGCCGAUGACACUGAUGAGAUAACGACUCUGGAGGAAGCAUCCUCUCUACUACUUCUUGAAGAACUCAAAGUCCUCGCCAAGGAUGCAAAGGUUCAAGGCAAGAGUAAGAAGGAGCUGCUCGAAGCCUUUCGUGCGUCCAGCCAGAGGCAAACAGGUCUUAACUGGAACGAUAAAGAGCACGACUCACCCCCUGCUGUCAAUCGCAAUGACCAUUAUAUUCAGAAAAUCCUUGAGUAUACCGGCGACUGCGUCAGACUCGCGCCGGGGCCUUAUGCUCUCUUCGAGAGAGUCCAUCUGGUCUUUUACAGGUCCACGGAAUGGACGGAGAAAUCCCUCACCACUAUAAUUCUUGCGAAGAUCUCCCGCAGAAAUUUCCCCGAGUAUAUUGUAUCUCGAUCUAGCUCGAUCUUUCCAUCUAGGGAGAUUCUGCUUGAAUUCGAAUCAGCACUUCGGAAACAGCAUCAAAUAGACAAUCUUCUUGAGUUCAACGGCACUCCUACUCAGGAAAGACUGGAGCAUGUGAAACGCAUUUGUACAGAAGUCUAUCUCCGAUGGAAAAAUCUUCUCGAACAGGAACAGCGCAAGGAAGACACUAUCUACGAAGUGGGUGAAGGCGCCUACUUACGUCGCUUUUCUCCAGCGUGGGUCUAUACAAGGAUCAUUCAUAAAGGCCUUCAUCCCUUCGGGCGCUUCAAAGAACACAAACGGGAACAUGAAAUCCUGUGUGAAUUGCUAGGCCAGCGCUUGUUCCACGCUGCCCGACGCGGCGCAUGGUAUCAACGAAAAGCACUGUUGGAGGAACACUAUAUGUGGGCUCUUACACCUUUUGAUGGACGGAGCGAGGACCUCCAGAAGAAACACUGGAAACGAAUUGCCCUACGGACAUGCGAAGAAGGGCUGGAAGACCCUGACUGCCAUCUCAUAUAUCACUAUGACCUUCAAAAGCGGAUCACAAAGCUGGAAAGGGCUUUGAAAGUAGUCAAGCGCGAGCAACACGACUUUGGCCAUGUCAUGUUGGCCAAACCAGAAGUACGGACGAUUGAAGGUAUACGAAUCGAACGGGAGGACUCUCCUGCUCGCGCUUCAGGGAAAAGCGAGGAAUCCUCGACCAGGCGAGGACGCCCGACCAUCUGGAUUGACGAGAGAGAAGGCGGAGGCGAAUGCAGAGUCGAAAGCAUGUGUUUGAGCUGGUAUAGGGAUCACGGCUGGAAGGGGUACCAUGCAGAAGGAGGGAUCGUCAGAACCUUGUUCGGCUACCUUUUCUACGACAUCCUAUUUGCCUAUGUCCCUAAUGUCUUCCAAACACCCUUUCAAACCUGUCCGCUAGACCUCCACACCGAUGCAUUCUACCCCUCCCGCGCAUCAGAGAUCAAUCACCGUCUGGUAGAAAUAACGAACGGCGCUGCUGAGAGGAUUAUUCGUGAUAUCCAUGAGCGUGAAUCAGCGAAGCAGACCUGCGCCAUCGGCAUCGACUGGGCCUUUGAGCUGGACGACUUGGUUGAGAUCGUGCAGUGUUUUCGAGGCGAAGCCCUCGCCACUAUUUGCAAGGUCAUGGCCCAGGAGUAUCAGCAGCGCGGCGGGGGGAUACCUGAUCUCUUUCUUUGGAGUGUGGAGAAGAAAGAAGUCAUGUUUGUGGAGGUCAAGUCGGAAAAUGAUCGCUUGAGUGAUACCCAGAGGUUGUGGAUUCAUGUGCUUACUGGAGCGGGUGUGAGAGUUGAGCUUUGCAACGCGGUUGCGAAGGAGGUUAGACGAUCGAGUUGA